UGGGCUUUUCCACCACGAACUGAGGCCCAAAACUCAACCUUCUAACCUUAGAAAGGAACCCUAAAACGAAUCCCUUAAAUUUGACAGAUUUCUUACGUUUUCGCUGCGGCUUCCCUCUUCCUAUUAUAAACCCUAAAAAUCAACAGAGAAAAUGGCGACAGUUCCAGGACAGUUGAUUUGGGAGGUAGUGAAGAAGAACAAUUGUUUUUUGGUGAAGCAGUUCGGAAGAGGAACUGCUGCCCUUCAGUUCAGCAAAGAGCCCAACAAUCUCUACAAUCUCAACUCCUACAAAUACUCUGGGUUGGCAAACAAGAAAACGGUCACCAUUCAGAGUGGGGGAAAAGACCAGUCUGUGCUACUAGCUACCACCAAGACUAAGAAGCAGAACAAACCGUCUACCUUGCUUCACAAAUCUGCCAUGAAAAAGGAGUUUCCCAGGAUGGCCAAGGCUGUCAAAAACCAGGUGACAGACAACUACUACAGGCCAGACUUAACCAAAGCAGCCCUUGCAAGGCUGAGUGCUGUGCAUAGGAGUCGGAAAGUUGCCAAAUCUGGUGUCAAGAAGAGGAACAGACAAGCCUUGAAGAUCCAUGGCAGGAAGUAAGCUAGACAGUUUAAGUUGUAUUGAGCUGCGGUUUCCGUUGUUCUAGACAGACCCCCCUUUUUUUUUUUAAUUGUUUUACGGAAUUUUGAAAUUGUGUUAUUGUCAACCAUGGUUGUAGCUGGGGUGGUGGAUUCGGUGUCUAGAUUUUUGAAGCAGAGAUUCAUGGUCCUUUUGCCAGUUUGAUUUCUGAAUUAUAACAUGGUAAUUUUUAGCAUUUUCCUUUGGCAUUGAAAACAUAGCAUACAAUUUGCGCCUGUCCCCUUGGCAUAUACAAAUAAUUUUUAGUUGUGUGCUAAACAGACAUGUUAUAUCUGGGUUUAAACUGUGUAAUAUCUAUACUUUAAAGGUUUGAGGAGUGUUACAUAAA